AUGCCGCCCCUAGAAAACGCGGCUUACACCAUCGGAUGGAUCUGUGCGCUCCCGCUGGAAAUGGUCGCCGCGCGCAGCAUGCUAGAUACCAGCCACGGCAAGCCAGCUGAGCAGCAUGCGCGCGAUGAUAACAGCUACUUCCUUGGCAGUGUGGGCACGCACAAUGUGGUCAUUGCUUGCACGUCGUCCUACGGGACUGUCAAUGCUGCUGUCGUCGCGGCCAAGAUCCCCUUUAGUUUUCCGUCUGUGCGGUUUGGGUUGUUGGUGGGCAUUGGGGGCGGGGUUCCUAAUCUGGCGUGCGAUAUUCGGCUGGGAGAUGUGGUUGUUAGUCGGCCUUGUGGGACGUCGGGGGGUGUUGUGAGGUGGGAUUCGGGGAAGGCGCUGGUUGGGGGGGAGUUUCAGCGUACUGGGGUCUUGAGUAAGCCACCUUUGGUGCUGUUGAAUGCAUUGGCUGCGCUGGAGGUUGAGUGUGAGCUUGGACUGGGGUUAUUGGAUGAGUAUAUCGCUGAGGUUGUUGCGAGAAAUACGAGCGCGAAGUUUAGGGCCGAGUAUGCAUACCAGGGGACAGACCAUGAUAAGCUCUAUCGACCAGACUACGCGCAUCCCGAGGGAGGAGAGACCUGCGAGUUGUGCGAUGAAAAUAUGCUGGUUGUCCGCGAAGAUAGAGAAACACUUGAUCCCGUUGUGCACUACGGCACCAUCGCAAGUGGAGACCAGGUUAUCAAGGACGCGAGGAAGAGGGAUGAGAUUGCGCGCGAGAUUGGGGCGCUGUGUUUCGAGAUGGAGGCCGCUGGGCUGAUGGAUAAUUUUCCGUGUCUUGUUAUCCGGGGGAUAUGCGAUUAUGCGGACUCGCAUAAGAACAAGCGCUGGCAGCGGUAUGCUGCUGUCGCUGCUGCUGCGUUUGCGAAAGAAUUGCUGGGUCAGAUUACGCCACAGGCUGUAGACAAGACUCUGACAGUGGCGGAGGUGUUGAAAGAGGAUGUGCGGCAGAUUAAACAGGAUAUCGGCGGUAUCAAGGAGGUCAUGACGGCUACGAGUGAAGAGAAAACACGGUCUCGCAUUGUGAACUGGAUCCCUGCGAACGACUAUGGGUUCCGGUAUACUAAAGUUCUGAGCGAGCGUCAGGAAGGUACGGGAGGAUGGCUUCUGGAGUCGUCCGAGUUCCGUUCCUGGCUCUCAGAUGAGACGAAUAUGUUGUUCUGUCCCGGGAUUCGAGGCUCGGGGAAAACAGUCAUGAUGUCAAUGGUGAUUGAGCACCUCCUGCACACAUAUCCGAGCGAUAAACUGGCAGAGCAUCGGACUGCAGUCACAUUUCUCUACUGUGACUACAAGAUGCGGGACCAGCAAGAUGUGUCCCAGCUACUGUCGUCUAUGCUGAAGCAACUGCUACAGCAGACGCCCGUGAUACCUGUUGAGGUUAAGUCGCUUUAUGAGCGCCAGUCAACUCUGGACAUCGGUAUGGGACUGCGGGAGGUCAAAGACGCUCUUUUGUGGACACUCCAGGGGUAUGACAGGGCCUAUUUGGUGGUUGAUGCAGUGGAUGAGUGCGCCGAAGAUGUCCAAGUAGAUCUGGUGAGUUGUAUCCGUGAGCUUCAAGAAAGCCGCCACGUAAAGGCCUUGAUCACGUCGCGGGAUAUCAGGCGCAUUGUGCGACAGUUUGAAGACGACACUAUCCUACCAAUUCACGCCCACACUGAAGAUGUGCAAAAGUAUGUGGAGGGAAAUAUGGCGCGUCUGCCGGCAUUCAUAGCCCGCAACAUUGACCUUCAGGAGAUGGUCAAGACGCAAAUCGUUCAACGAACAGAAGGGAUGUUCCUUCUGGCGCGCUUACACAUAAUGUUGAUCAAGCAUCAAGUAUCGGAAAAGAAAGUCCGACUCGCUUUGAAGGAGCUUCCUCGCGGUGAGGGGGGCUUGGAAGAUGCUUACGGUAGUGUGAUGCAACGAAUAGAAGAUCAGCCCUUCGAAUACCGAAGACUGGCACUGCGAGUUCUUUCCUGGAUUGCAUAUGCGGAGAGGAUGCUCGGUCCUUCCGAAUUGCGGCAUGCUCUGGCUGUGGAGGAAGGCGCCGAGGACAUUGACGAGACCGACGCCCCUGACCUGGAUAUCAUGGUCUCUGUUUGCAUGGGUUUAGUUACCGUUGACCUACCCAGCAACACAAUCCGCCUAAUCCAUGUCACUACACAGGAGUAUCUCCGAGGUGUUGGAGAAACCUGGAUGAGUUCUGCUCAUGAGGAUAUGUCCGUAACAUGUAUUCGAUACCUGUCGCUGCAGCCUUUCAAGAGUGGCCCAUGUCAGAACAUCCAAGCCUUGCGGGCGAGACAAGCCAGUUACGUAUUUCUGAAAUAUGCCGGCGCUCACUGGGGACACCACGCACGCCCGGUCCAGACAGCGAUUGCCGAUACCGCGGUCUCCUUCCUCCUAGACAGAGCCUUGGUUUCCUCUUCCAUACAUGUCCCAUUCCCAUCAGCAGUCAAGGCAGGGGUCGUCAAGGAGCUCCCACUGGAGGCAACUGGUCUUCAUGUCGCUGUUUGGUUUGAUCUCCCAGAUAUACUCUGCCAGUUGCUGGAAUGUGGCGCGGUUGUUGAUGAAGUAGACAGCACUAACAGGACGGCACUUCAUUGGGCAACGAGAUUGAACCAUCAGGAUGCCGUGGAAGGGCUUCUGAGAGGCAAGGCUGAUGUUGAAAAGAUAGACCCUGUGAUAGAUUGUUCUCCUCUUCACCUCGCGAUAUCACUGGGACACACGGAUCUGGCGAGGGUUUUGAUUCGGUACGGAGCCGACAUUGAGAGUCAAAAUAUCGAUGGGUAUAAUGCCUUGCGUUGGGCAUGUCAUUGUCAAGAUGAGGAAAUGGUACAGAUAUUGUUGGGCGAGGGAGCCGAUGUUAAUGCGAUAGGGAUGAAAACUACAGUGGCAAGCAGCAGUGAGAAAGACAGUCUUAGCAACGAAGAUGCAUGCAUCAGUAGCGAGGAGAACACCCAGGUUGAGGAUGGCAGCAAUAGCGAAAUGUCCGAAUAUACUUCGACAGCGCUUCAAAUCGCGACUAUUUCCGAAAACCUGGAGAUCAUGCGUUUGCUGGUCUGCGCGGGAGCAGAUGUUGAAUUAUGCAGACAUCCUGGAGAGUCACCGCUGUCUAUAGCUGCUUCAAGUGGCUGCACAGAUCUUGUACAAUACCUCAUUGAGAGCGGCGCUAAGGUUGACGGUGCAGGAGGUAUGGAUGAACCUGCUUUAACGCCGUUGCACUCGGCAGCCGCAGAGGGCUGUUUAGAGGUCGUGCAGCAACUUCUGGAUGGAAAGGCAAGUAUCAAUGCAAUAGGUAUUGACGACAUAGGAAAUGUAACCGGUAUGCGAGUGACAGCCCUUCAACUGGCAAGCGCGUAUGGACAUGAUCUCGUCGUCCGCCUGCUGCUAGACAACGGGGCUAACCCAAUGCUUGCGAGUGACAAGAACGAAUCUCCCCUGUACCUAGCCCUCUUGCGCCAACAUGUGAGCGUCGUCCGAACCCUCCUCAAGACUGAAUUACUGGACACUGAUAUCCAGUACUUUCUGCAUACAGCAGUCCAGGUAGAUGACACAGACUUGGUGAAGCUGGUGCUCGAAAUGAGUGGACUCACCGACGUCGGGCAGUCCUUGUUCUACGCUUUGCUUUCUAUCACUAGUGACAACGAUAUUGAAGAUGAGAUGGUACCCUUUCUUCUUAGGCAAGGAGUACCACACAACUCAACAAUCGAGGGAUUCACUGCACUUCAUGUUGCUGCAAUCAGGGGACACAUCAAGUCCGUCAAGGCCCUGUUGAGCCACGGAGCAGAUAUUACUACCACAAACGAGCAAGGAAGAACUGCUGUCCAUUUGGCCGCUUCUUGUAGACGGUUGGAUGUACUUUGGCUAUUCCAGAACCUCGGCCUUUUGAGCCCGUCAAUACUGGAGCAGCGGGAUGAAGCAGGGAAAACAGCCCUUCACUGCGCGAUAGAGAAAACCAUUGAUCUUCCGACUCGUGUAGCUGCGGAAGAGAGUGUCGAAGAUGAACAGCUGGAGGUGAUUAAGCUUCUUGUGAGUGAAGGAGCAGAUACAAAUGCAAGAACAUUGACAGGGGAAGCUCCAUUGCACCUGCUUGUGAAUGCAGCGAUUCCCGCACUAUCGGAGCUUAUCUUGCCCCUGUCAGACCUCCUUAUAGAAUAUGGGGCUGAUAUCAAUGCAAUGGACUCCGAUGGAUGUACCGCUUUGCAUUUGGCUGCCAAGGAUUGCCGAGAUGACCUGGUUGCGUUAUUAUUAUAUCAAGAGGCGGACACAGAAAUCUUGAAUGAAAACGGAGAGACUGCUCUGGAGCUUGCCGAGCGACUAGACUUCCAGGGUAUCGUACACGCCCUGCUGUCUGCCGGGGCGAUAGGUCGGCAAAACCAAGAGUUACACCGCUUGGCCCAGUCGAAGUGCCUUUGCUUGGCUCAAGAGUUGAUCGAGCGAGGGGACUCAAUUGCCCCUUCGAUGUUGGAGGGUAUGAUAUGUCGCGCAGCAGAAGACGGCCACGACGUGCUUUUUUUAUAUCUACUGGCGCAUAUGCGGGAUGAUCAAUACAAAGCAUCUCUUGAUAAAGCACUGCACAUAGCUGCUAGUUAUAGACGCCGCAAAAUUGUCGAGCAUCUGGUGCGAUGUGGGGUUCCUGUGCUUGAUUAUAUCAUUGGGUACUUCAUUCAAGCGGGAGAUCAUGAGAUGGUCCAUAUGCUGCUAAGCCACAGCGGUGCGCCCAGCUGGAGUUUGCUCCGACUGGCAGUCAAUCAUGGGAAUGAGCAGAUUGUGCGAUACCUGCUAGACUCAGGUGCUCCGAGCAUUUUGCGAGGCGCAGACGGCAGCAUGGUUAAUACGGCCAUACACAGCGCCGCCGAAAGUGGACAUGUCGAUGUGGCACGGCUUUUGCUUAAUCACGGAGGGGAUCUUAAUGCUACAAUCUCCUCUAACGGAGUCUCAGUUACUGCGCUGGAAGUUGCAGCUGCAAGCUGCCAGACAGCGGUCAUGCGACUUCUCCUAAAUCGAGGAGCCUUGGCCGAUCAAGCCGUUCUGAACCUGGCAGUUGAGUCGGGAGACGAGGCUGUUGUACGGGCGCUUCUAGAGUAUGGGGUAACAGUUGAAAUAAAUGCUCUCUGUCUGGCGAUUAAAUGCGGGGUUGAAGGGCUUUGCGACCUGCUCUUGAAACAUGUCAACGACAUUAACACCUUGAACGAGACGGGAUACGGCCCCUUGCACUUCGCUGCCGUAUAUUGGAAACCAUCCAUUGCCAAGAUGCUCCUGAAUCAGAACGCAAACGUGGAUAUCAAAACCUCGUACGAGCAGGAAACGCCUAACGGUCCCAAUAUAGUGGCAGAGACCCCUUUGCACAUCGCCGCACGAGUGGGUAACAGGAGCAUGGCACAGAUUCUCCUGCAGAACGGUGCCGAUAUCCACGCUCUUGACGAUCGCGGGCGCACACCGCUCCACCUUGCAGCGGGUCGAGAUUGGUAUAAUGAGGGCUCGAUUGAUAAACGUGAUGCAUAUGUUAUGCAACUUCUGCUUGAUUGGGGGGCUGAUGUUCAUUCCAGUUAUGGCCACCAAGGCACAACAGCCUUGAUGCGAGCGACCAGUUCUGGCUACGACAAGGGUGUACGCUCACUUCUGAAACAUGGAGCCGUUGACUCCGCCGACGCUCGCGGCAUGACCAGUCUCCAUAGAGCGGCAUCUAGCGGGCAGCUUGGAAUCCUUCAGCUCUUACUCGAACUCGGCUCAGAUGCAAACUCCAAAGAUGAGAAUGGCGAAACCGCCCUACAUCUUGCCGUGCGCAACAACGAACUAGAAACAAUAAAGUGCCUAGUCGCUCACCAACAAACCAACAGCCAAGCCACUGAUAACGUAGGCCUGACAGCACUGCAUUACGCCAGCAAAAACGGAGACUACCAAUCUACCGCGGCACUCUCUCUAGCUCCAGAAUUCUCCUCCUUGGUCAGACUUCCCACGCUAGACGGGGUGACAGCAUUACAUCUCGCCGUGCAGGGUUGCUUUUCCUCACUAGUCCAAUUCCUCUUGAAACACGGCGCCAAUCCCAAUGACGCCGACCUCGACGGCUGGACGGCCUUACACUAUGUGGCUUCGAGAGAGGAUUACGAGAUGUUUGAGAUUACUUGGCUAUUGGGCGAGUAUGGGGCUGACCCUGGCUUGGUUGAUAAUAUGGGGUUCACGCCGCUGGAUAUGCUGUCGCAGAAUGAUAGGAAGGGGAUGCUGCAGAUGUUGCAGGAUGCGGCGGUUAGUGCGCGGUUAGGGCGUGACGCACGAUUGGUAGGUGAUGAGAUCAGGGAAGACCAGGCCGAUGAAGUGGAGGUCAGAUCAGAGGAGAGUGAGCCAGCAUGGCGAGGCAGACGGAGAAGUAUAUAG